UUUAUUUUAUUUUCCAUGAGAUUAGAGGGCGUGGCCUUCGUCAUUCGGCGCGAUCGGGUUUUCCACCGUUGUCGCAUCCGCUCCCGUGGCGGCUUCUAGGGCUUGAGGAGCCGCCCCCCUCCGCCGGGAACCCGCACCCCGUUCCAAACCCUAACCCUAACCCUAACCCCAAUUCGAAAUCCAGAAUCAAAUCACUUGGAACACGGUUUCUCUCUGUGAAGAUUUUUGUCUUUUAUUAGUAGAUUUUGCCAAGGGCUUUUGGGAAAAGCUAUAAAUUAACGGUCUUUAAGUUUUGGGAAAAGCUAUCAAUUAACAGUCAUAAAGUCAGUUUGAUUGUAUUGAGGGGAGGUAUAGUGCAAUGGAUGCUGCCGAAUCUGGCCGAAGCCGCAGCAAGAGAGAAUAUGAGUAUGAUUUUGAUGCUAGGAGUAGUAGAAUGGAUGAUGAGGGGGACAGGGAAGAUGCCGACAAGAGGAGGAGCCGAUCAAGCAAGUCGAGGAGGCACGGCCAGGCCGAUGAAGUAGAGGAACUCGAAGAUGGAAGGAGGAAGGUUUCAGGGGAGAUGGAUGACCUUCGGAAGAGGUCAGGUAGUGGGGAUGAUGAUGAUUAUGAUAGGAGAAGGGAGUCCCGAUCCUCCAAGUAUGUGAGAAAAAGCCCGAAUGAUAGAGGCGAGAAGAGAUCGAGUGAUGCGUAUUAUAAAGACAGGGAUGGGGAUAGCAGUAGGCAGCGGAGAGAUGAAGAGAGUGAAUGGGACUCUUUGAGGAAGGAGAGUAGUAGAGAGAAGAGUUUGAGGUAUCCAGACAGGAAGGAUAGCAGUAGAGAGAGAGAGCGAGGGCAAAGUGAAGAGGAAAGGAAUCCCUCUCAUAGGAGAUGGGAUGAGGCAGAUGUAGGGAGGAAGGGUGAUGAGAGUAGCAGUCUUGAUAAGUCAGAGUUGAGAGAUGGGAAAACUUCUUAUCAUGAUAAGCAUGGGAGUGCAAGAGAUCGAAAUGAAUCGGGUGAGAAGGGUGGGAGGUCCAGUAAUAGGGAGGAGAGAAGGGAAGUUGUUGAGAGGAGCAAGAAUCAAGGAUACAAUGAAGACACCAAGUUGGAUACAACUAGUUAUGAUGAUAAAUCAAACACACUCAGAGAUGAUAAGCAUCAAAUGGUACAGGAGAGAUCUCCAGAAGAGAAAGCCGAGAAGCACAGGAAACAAUCAGAUGCUGUACAGGGAAGUCGUGAUGAAGAUGGAAAAAGGGAAAGGUCUCUUAAUUUGGAUGAAGAUGGACGGUCUGUAUUGAGGGAUAGCAGCAAUAGAGAGAAUCGCCGUAGUAAAAGAUCUCGGUCACCUGAGAGAAAUACACGAUAUCACAGAGAGUUUGCUGAACGAGAUCAAGCCUUUUCAGAUUCUGACAAUGAAAGAAGCAUGAGUAUGAAGGGUAGUAAAGACGGGGAGGAGGCCCAUGGGGGUGAUAGGUAUUCAAAGGGAAGGGAUAGUAAAUCAAGUGAGAAAUAUAGGGAUCACGAGGGGUAUAAAGAACAAUGGAGAAGGAAUAAAGAUGGUGAUGAAUAUGAUCCUCUGAAAGAAUGGGAUUCACAGAGGAGCGGGCAAGAGAGGGUGGACAGUGGCAACUUUCACAAUCGGCCCGGAUAUAGGAAAGAAUCUAGAAUCAGGUCUGAAGGUGCAAAGGGUUCCGACUCGAUUGAGAUUAGACCUAACAGGAAUCUUGACUUCGGAAGGGAGGGUUCUGUUUCGGGAUAUAGCGGUAGGAGAGCUGAAGUGGGUUCGCAGCAGAAUUUUGGUUCAGGAACUAGUGACGAUGAAUGUGGACCAAAUUACGGCUAUGCGGAUGAUUUACAGGAGAGAUAUCAUGACGAUGGCUCAUCUAUUGAUCAAAUUUCUGGGAGAAAUUCUCUUCCUCCUCAAUCUGGGAGAGGAAGGAUGACUAAAGGAGCUAUGACUUCUAAUCGUAUGGGUGCUGGUGAAGGUGCUUCUAGUAUCUUGAUUUCUCCACAUGGAAACAGCCCUGGAACAGCUUCUUUCAAUAGGGCUUCUCAAGGACCCAAGGGUGGCCGACCAGGUAGAGGGGGAAGAGGCAGAAUGACCGGGAGAGAUUCUCAACCAGUUGGGGGAGUUCCAAUGCCUAUGAUGGGCCCUCCAUUUGGCCCUCUUGGGUUGCCACCUGGACCAAUCCAGCCUAUUGGGGCAAACAUACCCCAUUCACCGGGCCCACCAAUUGGCCCUGGUGUAUUCAUUCCUUCAUUUCCCGGGCCCCUUGUUUGGCCAGGAGCUCGAGGUGUCGACAUGAAUAUGUUGGCUGUCCCACCCAACAUUCCGCCUAUCCGCCUUCCUGGGCCUGGUGGGCCUAGGUUUGGGCCCAAUAUGGGGGCUGGCUCGAACCAUUCAAUGUACUUAAAUCAGUCUGGUCCAGGACGAGGAACUCCACCAAACUUAUCAGUUCCAGGCUUCAACCCUAUAGGAACACCCAAUCGUGAGAUGCCACAUGAUAAAGCUCCAUCUGGUUGGGCCCCUCCAAGAAACAAUGGGUCCUCUGGUAAAGCUCCUUCGAGGGGAGAGCAAAAUGACUACUCACAGAACUUUGUUGACACUGGUAUGAGACCACAGAAUUUCAUUAGAGAACUGGAGUUGACAAGUGUUGUUGAGGACUAUCCAAAGCUGAGAGAACUUAUACAAAGGAAAGAUGAAAUUGUGGCCAAGUCUGCUUCACCACCUAUGUAUUAUAAGUGUGAUCUACGUGAGCAUGUUCUCUCUCCAGAAUUUUUCGGUACCAAGUUUGAUGUCAUACUUGUAGAUCCUCCUUGGGAGGAAUAUGUUCAUCGUGCUCCUGGCAUUACAGAUCAUAUAGAGUAUUGGACAUUUGAAGAGAUUAUGAACCUGAAGAUUGAGGCAAUAGCUGAUACUCCAUCAUUUAUUUUCCUCUGGGUCGGCGAUGGUGUUGGUCUGGAAAUGGGACGUCAAUGUUUAAAGAAGUGGGGAUUUCGGAGGUGCGAGGAUAUAUGUUGGGUUAAAACCAACAAGAGAAAUGCGACUCCAGGUCUACGGCAUGAUUCGCAUACAUUGUUUCAACAUUCAAAGGAACAUUGCUUGAUGGGCAUAAAAGGAACUGUCCGUCGGAGCACAGAUGGGCAUAUCAUCCAUGCUAAUAUUGACACUGACAUUAUCAUAGCUGAAGAACCUAGCGAUGGUUCAACUAAGAAGCCUGAUGACAUGUACAAGAUCAUAGAGCAUUUUGCUCUGGGCAGGAGGCGGCUUGAGCUCUUCGGCGAGGACCACAAUAUCCGUUCCGGUUGGCUAACUGUCGGAAAAGGAUUAUCAUCCUCAAAUUUCAACAGAGAGGCCUAUGUCCGGAGCUUUGCUGAUAAGGAUGGGAAAGUCUGGCAAGGCGGCGGCGGUCGGAACCCGCCCCCAGAUGCCCCCCAUCUAGUGAUGACGACCCCCGAGAUCGAAAGCCUUCGUCCUAAAUCACCUCCAGCUAAAAGCCAGCAGCAGCAGCAGCAGCAGCAGCAGUCUAUUCCCCCUCUGCCACCUUCAAACGCCCAGAACCUCCGGCGGCUGUCUUCAGGGAACUCGCCGCAGAACCCAAUGGCCUCGGUCCAUCCCGGUUUUAUUUUUGAUACUCCAAUGUCGGACCCUGUGGCCCCUGCCCCCGUCUCGGCCCCUUGGGCUUCUUCGCCGAUGGUGGGGUUGAGAGUGCCGGAGGAACUACAUGCCAGUCUGGAAGAUAGGUUUUUUGAUGGUUUUGGAUUUAAUUCGGUCAAUACGCAGAAUUUUGGAGAUCGUGUUGAUCUUGAGUCUCAUAAGAUGCCCAAUUUUUUGUAACUUUGAUUGAUUGAAUUUAAGCUGGGUGCUGAUCCAGUGGAAUUUUUUGUGUUCAAUAUCAGAUGCUAUUUUCUUAUUGUCAAUUUGCAAUUUGCGGUUA